AUGGAGGCGACGAGAGCUUCGGGGGGGCCUGCAGGGCGGAAAAAGCACGAGGACUUCAGUCCUGUUUGGGUCUUGAUCUUCCCUUUCGCAGAUCAGGUGAAGAACAAGAAAGCCGAUGAGCUGAAACUGCGCACAGACAUAGUCCACAGACUGAAAGCUGCAAAACUCCGGGUCUUGUCAGUGUGCAAUGCCAGCCACUCGGCCGUACACGUGAUGGUGGCUGCAGACCUGGAGCGUCUGGAGCAGGAGGCAGAGAAGUCGGGACUCUUGAAGAAGGUUCGCUGCGAUGCCGGGCUGGCGCGCUACUCGCAGAAGAAGCGACACCUCUUCGGUCAUCGGGUGCUCGACAACGAUUUCUUCACAGAGGCGGAGAAGCAGGAGCUGGUGUAUCGCAUCAUGAUAUCCAACAACAACUUCUGUGGGGCAGGGCUGAUCUUCGACCUCCUGGAGGGAAGGUUCGCUGCUAGCGGGCUGGAGGCAUGCUCGGUACCGCGGCUGCGGAGCCUAGUGGAGAACGUGAAAGGGAGAGACGCGGCGAUUCUUCUGUCGCACAAGGCGGUGAAGGAGGACUACAUCCAAGAGCUGCAAUCGAGCCUGACGCCAGGGAGGAGGUUCCUUCAGUCCUCUCCUCUUCAUAGGGAGGUGGUGCAGGAGAAGCUGGCCAUGGCGCUGUGCUCCUUACAGCUCAGAUUGAAGACGAGCUUGUUGUGUGGAGAAAAUGACUCAAUCCUGGAUGUCAUACACAAGAGUCAAGGAAACACGCGAGCUGUGCUUGAGGCUAUCGAGAGUGUCGACUUGGUGGAGGCGAUACGAGACUACUUGGGCGAGGGAUUCGCACUCUACUUCCUCUCCAUCAAGAGCCUGGUGAUCGACGUGGCCCCACUCGCGCUCCUCUCGCUGGUGCUCUUCUCCAUCAGGAACUCCCCGUCCUCCUUUGGGCUCGAAGCCGCCAUCACGGGGCUGAUGUGCAUGAUCUGGAUGCAGAGGUUCGCAUGCCUGUGGAGGAGGGAGACUUCGCACAAGCAGCACGUGUGGGGGAGGAGCGAGGAGACGGAAGAGCUCAGUGCCAUCUCCCUCCGCUCAGCGAUCGCUACCGACGAAGACGACGAAAAGACGUUCAUGCUCACUGCCGAGAACUUUCAGAGUCGCAUCGUUACGCGCCGCAUCCGUGCGGCCAUGCAGCUGCUGGUGAUCGGAAGCAUGGCGCUCGUGUGCAUCGGCAUCUACCUGCUCGUGCGGUUCUCGCGCGGGUGGAUGUUCGGGGACAAAACCAGCCCCUUGCAGGUUGUCAGCAUCGCAUGCAUCGACGUUGCGAGGAUCUACGUGCUGGAGUUCAUAGGAUAUUACAUCUUGGAAUAUCUUGAGACGUGGGAUGACGAUAUGAUCAACGAGAGCGACAAACAAGCAUGGAAAGUCGCAAAGAUCUUCGUUUUUGCUUUGAUGAACACUUUCAGCUCAGUCUUCAUCUCUGUAGUGUAUCAGAUGAGGAUCGCGAAGAAGAGAGAGCUCUACUUGGAGCGGAAGCACGCGGGCAAGGGGCGUGUAGACGCGACGAAGAAGCGGUCGUCAAAAAGGAAGAAGUUGCUCGGGCUGAUGGACCGCAUCACUUUGCGAGGAGACUGGGAUGGAGUCUGGGGUGAAUCACCGCUGGACUCCCAACUUUCCCUCAGGGUCUACGACCAGGACCUCUGGGAGCAGACGACUCAGCGAGACUUUGCAAGUGAUCAAGGCUGCCGCGUCCUGUGCUCAACUUACACCUCCCCCCCUCCAGUCCUGAUGUCGUUCCUCGCUCUCUGUACGACUCUGGCGCCCCUCCUGCCCUUCAUUAUCAUGUGCUUCUGGUUGCUCAAGGGUCGACUUGAGGCACUCGAGCUUGUUGUGCUCACAAGGAAGGCAGUUGUGCAUCACGGCAAGUGUGUCGAGUACUGGAAUGAGGUCUUGAACUGGAUUGCGCUCCUUUCUAUCUUCUCGACUUCGAUCUGCAUCAUGUUCGUGACAGCAGAUGUCGAACAAUUCAUCCAGAACCUUGCUACGAAUUACCGCAAGUUCUUGGAGAUUUCCCCAGCCUUCAGGAACUCUCAAGAGCUCACAUGCGUCGCUGGCAUCUGCCUCAACUCGGAGCAGUACAAGGCGCAAGGAGCGCUCUACUGGAUCAUCUGGAUUUGCAUUAUCGCCAUCGGCGUCGGCUCGAGGAUUCUGCACGAGGAAGGAGACUCGUCGACCCUGCCGGCUCCUGACGCUCUUUACCUGCAGAUCCUCUUUCGAGUGCCUUCGCACUGGUUGCAGUGCCGCGUUGAGCUGGAGAAGAGAAUACAGAACAACCUCGGGUUGAGCAGCAACGUGUACAAGAACGACGAGGAGGCACAACAGGUAUUUGAAGAAUUCAAACUAAGAUACAGCAAGAUUGCCGUCGACUUGAACAAGUUCGAGCUGCCGCCGCAGUAG